GAUGGGGAAGAAAGACCUGUUAACCUGAAGGCGCCCGUGACCGACAUUGAUGGCAUGAAGCUUGUUGUGCAGACCAAAGAGGAGGUGAAAGAGUGGGGGGUGGAGUCGGGGCGGGCGCGGCGGCGGGGGGGGGGAGCAGCGUCACCCUGGACGAGAUCACCAAUCGCGUUUUUCAAGACCUGAGGAACGGCAAGGCUGAUUUAUACUUUGACGAGAUGGGAGUCCUGGAUUUGGACGCGCGAUCUUGCAGGACGGACAGCAGUGAUAAGUCUUCCGGAAUCCUUGGUGGAUUUAGCAGAAGAAACUCCUUUGGACCCGACAAGGACUUAAACAGCAAAGGACGCAAACCCAGGGGAAGUGUUCACGACAGUUUUGCUUUGCUCUCCCACUCCGACCACCACUCCCUUACAGCCAAGAGGCGAGGCGGCAGCAGCAGCGGCACCACACCCUUGCAGAACAAACAGGAAAAUGAUGAGCUCUACGAGGGCCUCAAACGAGCGCAGAUGAGCCGACUGGACGAUCAGAGAGGGACGGAAAUUAAUUUUGAACUCCCAGACUUCUUGAAAAAUGACCAGCCACAGGACAAGACGUCUCCCCGGGCGUUAGCGGAGCAGCUGCUGGCGCGGCUGGAGUGCAGCUUUCCGGAGGGCGUGGUGGGGGCGCCGGGGGGAGUACUUCUCCCUCGCCCACCCCGAGGUAUGGGGGGCUGCCUUCCCCGUCUCUCCCCCCCCGCCACCUCCGCCAACACAACACUGGUGGCUGGGGACCUCGGUGACCUCGGGGGUGACCUGGGGGAUGACCUUGGGGGUGACCUCAGGGGUGACCUCAGGGGUGACCUCGGGGGUGACCUUGGGGGGAUCUUGGGGGGAAUUAGAUCUGGAUGACUUUGAGGAUACGCUGAGAGGGGACGCCGACCCCCCUGACCUGCCGCCGUCCCCUGCCCUGCCCCCCAGCACCCCCAGCCCCCCACCGCUGCCAUGGAGGGGGGCGCCGUCCCUCCUCGCAUGCCCCUCACCGCCCUGCCUCUCUCCCCGCCCCCCUCCCCCCAAAGCCUAAGGUAGGUGGGGUGCGUGGCCCGCCCCCCCCCCCCCUCCAGACAACUGCACCUCCUGAACCCCCCACCCCCCUCCUUCCCCCCGCCGCCCCCCUCCUCGAGUAAUAGUGAGGAUGAGGGGGGUCUGUGCGCCCCCCGGACCAGCUGCCCCCCCUGCCCCCCUCCACCUAGGCAGACAGUCCCACGAUAAAUUUAAUAUAAGCUUUGUGUGAGUGUGUGCGUGCGUGUGUGCGCGUCAGACACACACACACACGUACACACACACACACACUGUCCCCCCACCCCCCCUCGCCCCCCACCCCUGCACAGUACAAACAAACAAACAAACAAACAAAUGACAGGUGAAGCUAGAGCGUGUUUAUUUCUCUCUCUCUCUCUCUCUCUCUCUCUCUCUCUCUCUCUCUCUCUCUCUCUCUCUCUCUCUCUCUCUCUCUCUCUCUCUCUCUCUCUCUCUCUCUCUCUCUCUCUAAUUUGUUAUAAUUAUUAGCAUUCCAUUUUCUUUUUCUUCCUCCUCCUCCUCCUCCUCCUCCUCCUCCUCCUCCUCCUCUUCUUGUUCUUGUUCUUCUUCUUCUUCUUCUUCUUCUUCUUCUUCUUCUUCUUCUUCUUCUUCUUCUUCUUCUUCUUCUUUUCUUUUCUUUUCUUUUCUUUUCUUUUCUUUUCUUUUCUUUUUUUCCCUCCUCCUCCUCCUCCUCCUCCUCCUCCUCCUCCUCCUCCUCCUCCUCCUCCUCCUCCUCCUCCUCCUCCUCCUCCUCCUCCUCCUCCUCCUCCCAAAGGCUUCACAAUCACUCCUGAUGAUGACAAUGAUCAUUAUUAUCAUUAUUAUUAUUAUUAUUAUUAUUAUUAUUAUUAUUAUUAUUAUUAUUAUUAUUACUACUACUACUACUACUACUACUACUACUACUACUACUACUACUACUACUACUAUUGUUGCUGAUGAUGACGAUGUUGUGCCAUUCCUUAUAAAUAUUUAUGAAUAUAUAUAUAUAGAGAUUUAUAUAGGAGAUUUAUAUAUACAGCAGAGAGAGAGAGAGAGAAUGUAUGUAUGUAUGUAUGUAUGUAUGUAUGUGUGUGUAUGUGUGUGCGUGCGUGUGUGGCCCCCCUUUAUUGGGCAGUGAUAAAACCAGUAUUUUUUUGUAUAUAACCCCCCUCUGUGUAUACCCCCCCAGCUGUGUGUGUGUGUGUGUGUGUGUGUGUGUGUGUGUGUGUGUGUGUGUGUGUGUGUGUGUGUGUUUUAUGUUCCUAUUCUUUUCUGUAAAUAGAGAAAAUAAUAAUGAAAUAAAUCAAUACACAAAUA